UCGCAUUCAUAUGCGGAAGUGUUGCUACAGUUUGUUUUUAGCAGCAGCUAACACGAAUGCUGUAUUUCUAAGGUGAUUUAGUAUUUAUUGUGAUUUUAAAAGGAUCCGAAAGGACUUGCAACGAGGGGGGAGAUGGAAGACGACGCUCCGGUUAUAUAUGGUCUUGAAUUUCAGGCUCGCGCUCUUACGGCCCAAAUAGCUGAAACGGAUGCUAUUCGCUUCCUCGUGGGCACACAGUCACUGAAGUUUGACAACCAAAUCCACAUCAUUGACUUUGAUGAUGAGAAUAACAUCAUUAAUAAGAACGUCCUCCUGCACCAAGCUGGAGAGAUAUGGCACAUUGCUGCCAGUCCUGCAGAUAAGGCUGUAAUUACCACCUGCUAUAACAAAACCAGUGACAGCAGGGUGGUGUCCUGUGCCGCAGUAUGGCGGAUGCCCUCCGACUGGGACUCGGGAAGCCACGAGUCACCUGAUGACUCUGCCCACAACGCUCAAACUCUGGAGCUGCUCUGUCAUCUAGACAACAGUGCCCACGGAAAUGCUGCCUGCGUGCUAUGGGAGCCCAUGGGGGAUGGCAAGCGUGUGAUUUCACUGGCUGAUAACCAUGCACUGCUCUGGGACCUGCAGGAAAGCUGCACACAAGCCACGGUCUCCAGCACUGCCACCCUUGAGGGUAAAGGUCAGUUGAAGUUCACCUCUGGCAAAUGGAGCCCGCACCACAACUGCAGCCAGCUCGCCACGGCAAACGACACCAGCAUUCGAGGCUGGGAUUUGCGCACUAUGAGCCAGAUCUACUGUAUAGAGAACGCCCACGGCCAGCUGGUGCGUGACCUGGACUUCAAUCCCAACCGGCAAUACUACCUGGCCAGCUGCGGGGACGACUGCAAGGUCAAGUUCUGGGACGUCCGUAACGUCCAGGAGCCCGUAAAGACCUUGGAGGAGCACUCACACUGGGUGUGGAGCGUCCGCUACAACCACAGCCACGACCAGCUGGUGUUGACAGCCAGCAGCGACAGCCGUCUCAUCCUCUCCAAUAUGGUGUCCAUCUCCUCUGAGCCGUUCGGACACUUGGUGGAUGAUGAGGAACUCAGUGAGGGGGAGGAUAACCACCAGGAGGAGAAGAGUAAGGAGCCUCUGAAAGACAAUGUGGUGUCAACGUACGAGGAGCAUGAGGACAGCGUGUACGCAGCAGAGUGGUCAUCAGCUGACCCCUGGCUGUUUGCAUCACUCAGCUAUGAUGGACGCCUGGUCAUCAACAGGGUUCCCCGAGCUCUUAAAUACAGCAUCCUCCUGUGAGACAGAGGGGAGCCAGUGGAAUGACAGUGUUUAAAUAUUUGUCUAGUGUAAAUAUCUAAGUAUGGGUGUUCUAGUCACUGUAAAGAUGGAAGUGUAAUGCAUAUUAGCAUUAAAGUGAAAUAUCUGAAUCAAAGUGGAAA